UAGACGUGACAUGUAAGUUAACGAAAACAAAUACAUAAACUCCGGCUUCGCGCGGCUUGCUCUGAGGCUUCAAUACAGACGUAACAGACGGCUUCUAUCCGAUGAGCACUGGCGGAGCAGACGAAGAGGUUCUUCGAGAAAGCUAACGAACUUGCAGCUCAAUGGAGUUUGUUAUGCACAACCGGGAGGGGAAGAGCAUGGCAUCCAUCCUGUUCUUUGGUGACGUGACAAACUGUAGCGAACUCCGGCAGCUGGUGCUAAGUGGAAGCCUGCAAGUGUGUCUCAUCAGGGCAUCUCUCGUGGCAGACAUUUUCCAAGUGCAGUGUGCAGUUGCCAAGGCAUUGGCAAAUCAUUCCAGUGGCCGCAUGAAAACAAGAAGCUUGCUCUCCGAGAUUCUCUAUGUUCUGGGGCCCACUGGCAGCAUUGGCGACUCAUUACGCCAGAUGGGUGCGCAGGACACCGACUCGACAAUUGUUGUUGUGCGCCUUGAUGACCCAGGAGACAGCAACCUCAAAACACUCAUGGAACGCAUCAAGGGCCGUCAGCUGCCCUUGGACAAUAUUCCACAGUUCACCAACUCUCAGGCACUUGCAAAACUUUUCAAGGUGACUGAGGAGGAACUCACCGUGGGCAGCUUACUAGAUGCCGUGGUGACACGAAUUGCUCUAAAGGAUACAGUGUAGGAGUGGGUCAGUUUGAUAAAGCAUAUAAUGUACAUUUCAGGAAACAAGCAACUUGCAAU